CGUCCAUCUGCGUAGUGUUACUGUGUAGAUGGAGUUUACACCUACACUUUACUAAGAGGGAUCGGAAAAAAAUUCUCGAAGUCUACACUUCCUGUUCUUAUUCUUAAGAUACAAGUAAAUACUGAAUGGAAACCAUACGAACUGCUUGACUUCUCCGUCACUUAUAGAAGAAAUCCGAUCUCUCCUUAUCAAAUAUGCCCAAAAAUACAGACCAAAUUUCUCCUUAACAAGUUUACCAUGUUCUCGUUUCUUUCCUAGGACCGAUUUUAUGCUUACUUUUGAAUCAAAGUAACUAUUAAUACUGUAGCAGCCGGCAGUUCGUACAAAAAAGUAUAGAGAGCAAACGAACGGCUUUUCUCAGCAGCCAUACAUUAAGCUAUUCUUGAGCUUAUCAAAUAAUAUUCUACAGAGACCAUAUCAAAUGAAAGUUUACGUUCUACCGCACCACUGAAUCAUAGCAAAUUAUUACAAAUAAGAACAUAAAACAGUACUAUUAGUGAGAUAAUUAGCCGACAUAGCUACAUCCAAACAUACGCAGCCAUCAUGAUUUCCAUUCAUACUGAAAGAGAAGGUUUGACAAAUAGGAAGUCACAUUCUUGGAAGAGCACUCGGAUGUCUUUCUUAUGCUUGUGACAUCAUUUUUCUCUUCCUCUUUUCACUCAUGUUGGAUUUUACCUUUCAAUAGCAUCAUAGGUAAAUGAACGCUUCGUCAUAACGAAUUCAAAAAAUAUUUUGCUGUUACCUCAUAAAUGUGAGAGAAAAAUGCAUGCUUCCUAGUAUGAAGUGUGGUCAUGUAUCAUUAAAAUAUUUUUAGAAGUAGACAUAACCUAUGAGAAGUGACACACGAGCAGAGCGAAAUAUUUCCAAAUGAUUUGAAGGCGGAUAGAAGUGACGUAUGGCUUUUGGUUUUCGGAGAAAAACUAAGAUUUGUGCUUGGACUGCAAAAAAUGCGUGGUAAGUCAGGUAGUGAUAUUUCGAUAUGUAUAAUCGGAAGAAAAAAUAAAAAGCAAACAGAUAUAUAUCAGGCAAAUAUUUAAUAAAAUAUGUUAUCUAACACAUAAAACUGCCCAUAUUUCAACAGUAUUUUGAAAAAGAAACAUGUUCAAACAAAGUAAGAUUUUUGUGCGAUUUCACAGUCAACCAAAUGAUUGUACGGAAAUUUCUGAUAGCGUUUUUGAUACUGCUUCUUAUAAUUAUGAUGCAAGUCUUGGUCGCAAGCGUUUUUGUCGUUCCUAUUCGAUCGCCUAUUCAACCAAAAAGUUUCGCGUAGAAGCUAGUGUAAUACAGACGAGAAAAAUCGCUGUUGUUGGUGUAGGUGCACGUGGCUUAACUGUUUUGGAACGCAUUACCGCCAUAUACAAUAGAAAAUUGAAUGGAUAUGAAUUAGAUGUUCAUUUAAUUGAUCCCGAAAUGAAUGGUCAAGGUGUACAUUCAUCGAGUCAACGGCAACACUUGUUGACAAAUACGGUUCCUUGUCAGAUAACUUUGUUCGGAGAUCAUACGGUUGUUGAGGCGGGACCACCUCAGAAUGGGCCCACGUUUUUGGAAUGGGCUCGAGCACAAAACUAUCGAAAAAUUGCUUACGGGCAAUAUUGUAAGGUUGGUGAGGGGUUGGAUACCGGAGCAGUCAUCGAGGAAAAUGAAUAUUUACCCCGUGCACUACUUGGAGAAUAUUUAACGUGGGUCUACGAGUAUCUGAUCUCCCAUUUGCCUGCUGGAGUUCACGUAUAUCGUCAUAAAGAAAUGGUCAGUAAACUUUGCCGCGUGAAUAAUAAUCUCUUUAAACUUACGUUAACCAGUGGACAAUGCUUGGUGGUCGAUUGUGCGGUUUUAACCACUGGUCACGGACAAAAUACGAUGGAUCCUAUAGAAAUGGAAUAUCUUAAGUUUGUAAAUGACAACAAGGAUAGUAAUCUACAUUUACAAUAUUUACGUGCUUACCCCUUGAAACAACUCAAACAAAUCGAUAAGGAUGCUGUGGUUGCUAUUCAAGGAAUGGGCCUUUCUGCCCUUGAUGUGCUUGCUGAAUUAACAUGUGGUCGUGGAGGAAAAUUUAUUGAGAAAGAAAAAGGUGAAGUAUCUUAUCUUCCAUCAGGCUUUGAACCAAAAAUAUACGUGUUUUCCCGUAGUGGGCUUCCACUUAGUGCUCGAGGAAACAAUCAAAAAGGGAUCGGCGGAAAAUAUACGCCGCGCUUUUUCACUCGUUCGAACAUUAAUCGUUUGAUCGAAAAUGCCCGUAUGAAACGCGGAUCACCCCAACUUGAGUUUGAACAAGAAUUGAUGCCAAUCUUAAUUCGUGAAAUGUGUUAUGUUUAUGAGUCUACGUUAAAUGGAGAAUGGUCGGAGGCAGACAAGUUUGAGGCAAGCGAAGAAACGGGCACUAUAAUUCGUCACUUAUUUAAUCCACUGGCUACAACAGAUGAAUUCAACGAUAUGAACUCAUUCACAAAUUGGAUUAUUGAUUUUGUUAAAGAUGAUCUUAAACAUGCUGAUCAAGGAAACGUCUCUAGUCCGGUAAAAGCUGCUACUGAUCUAAUUCGUGAUGUCCGAGAUAAUCUUCGUUAUGUAAUUGAUAACAGAGGAUUGACACCCGAAUCCCAUAAAUAUUUGCUAGAAAAUUUCGUUCCAACCAUGAAUAGAAUCGCUGUUGGGCCGCCAAAAGAAAAGAAUCAAGAAUUAUUGGCCCUGAUCAGAGCCGGUAUUGUGCACUUAGCAUGCGUAUCCAAUCCACAGGUGAUAUGUGGAAAAACAACAGCAAGUUUCAUGAUACAAAGUAAAGAUAUGAACCAUCAAAUCUGUGCCGAUGUUCUAAUCAAAGCAAUGGUUGAGCCAUUUUAUCCUGAACGAGAUGAUUCAUUAUUGAUGAAAAACAUGUUAGAAGACAGACUCAUUCGUCCAUUUCGAAAUGGUAACUUUCAUCCAGGUGGUAUCGAUAUUGGGAAACAUCACAAUGUCAUUGAUGGAGAUGGUGAACCCGUUCAGAAUUUGUGGGCACUGGGCAACAUUGUUGAGGGAGCAAAUUUUUACACAUUCGUUUUGCCUCGUCCAUUGGCUAAUUCACAAGCUGUGCAAGAUGCGGGAAAAUGCGUUUUAAAUAUGCUUUCAUUACUUGAUGAACCACGUCGUAGAUAA